AUGGCUUCUUCGUGCGGUGCAUGCAAGUUCUUAAGGAGGAAAUGCGCCGACAUGUGUAUAUUUGCGCCGCACUUCAGCUACGAGCAAGCGGCGGCGCAUUUCUCAGCCAUCCAUAAAGUGUUUGGAGCCAGCAAUGUGUCCAAACUUCUAUCCCACUUGCCGGAGCAGCACCGUGCCGCCGCCGCCAUCACCGUCGCCUAUGAGGCCCUUGCUAGGGUUAGAGACCCUGUCUACGGCUGCGUCGCCCAUGUCAUCGCACUUCAGCAACAAGUGUUGAGACUUCAAGAGAAAGUAGAAUCACUGGUGGCGGAGUUACUGUGCAAAUCUUCGAGUCCUACAGGAAGCUGCAUUAAUUUUGCAGAGCAAUAUUGCUUUGCUGGAUCCAGUCAUUCGAAUGAGUUACAGGUGGUAUACAAGGAGGCUCUUGAUCGCUUGGAGCGUUGUCUCUUCAGUGAGGAAGAUCAGAUUUCGCCCGAGGUGUCGCCGGCGCCUGCGAGCAUUGAAGUGCUGGAAGAUUUCCUAUGGCGUUAA